AUGCCAAUGUACGAUGAUGAAAAUAAACCAUGGGGAAAAGCAGACGUUGAAAAACUAACUCAAGCAGUUGGAAAUUAUGGGGAGGAUUGGACAUUCAUUUCUGAAAAAGUUUUUUUAAAUUUAAGAUCAGGUCUAGCAAUAGCAGAAAAAUGGACGCGCAUAAGAUCCAAAUUAG